CUAGCUGGCACCAGUUCCAGACAGGUCUUCAUAAAGACAAGCGGAAGAAAAAUUGCAUUAGAUGCAUUAGGUGUGUGUGAGAUGAGUGUGUGAGAAGAAGCUGAAGAUGGCGUUGAGUAAGGACCAUGACGUGGUGCUUUAAGAAGCAUGGAGGAGUGCUGAAAGGCUGAGUGUUUUGUGUUCUGUGCUGAAUGAGAAGCUGCAUUGCAGAGACGAAUACAACACAGCAAAACACACUCUCUCACACACACACAGAAACACAAUGAAAACAAGACCUGGAUGAUCUCUAAGAAAGGUGAGAGGAUCAGAGGGACCGGACGUCAAAGCCGCACACGGAGGCUGCUCUUUGUGAACAGACGGGAUGCUCAGCGUCAUCUGAGUAAGGAGGGGCUGCGGGCUGCUCUGCCUUUCCUCCCGACUGCCAACCAAAUCACGUGACCAAAUCUUCCACGUCCUGUAACCAUGGCAAUGAGCUCUGGACCAGUCUGCAUCUCAUGGGUGUAGGAAAGAAGGAAUAGGAAACAGAGAAAGGAUACAAGAGAGUCGAGGAGGAAGCUCAGAACAGACAGACGCCGCGCUCUGUAGUAGCUAUCAGGGAUGAAGAUGCUUGAAGUGGGGAGUUGAACCAGACUCCGAUUAAGCUGGUCUGGAGAAGCCCCAUAGUCCCCUGUGUGGGGUGAGGGACCAUGGGAGAUGGAGGUGUUGGUGCAGCGGGAGAGGGGGUCAAUCAGUCACAUGUCCUUUUUGACCGCUUCGUUCAAGCCACCACCUGUAAAGGGACCCUUAAAGCCUUCCAGGAGCUGUGCGACUUUCUUGAGCUCAAGCCCAGUGAGUAUCGAGUCUUCUACCACAAGCUCAAGUCCAAGCUCAACUACUGGAAGGCGAAAGCACUCUGGGCCAAGCUAGACAAACGUGCCAGCCACAAGGAGUACAAGAAAGGAAGAGCUUGUGCUAACUCUAAGUGUUUGAUCAUCGGAGCAGGACCAUGUGGCCUGCGCACUGCUAUAGAGCUUGCCUUUCUAGGAGCCAAGGUGGUCGUGUUAGAGAAGAGAGAUGCUUUCUCCCGCAACAAUGUCCUCCACCUGUGGCCUUUCACCAUCCAGGAUCUGCGGGGCCUCGGUGCAAAAAAGUUCCACGGAAAAUUUUGUGCCGGAUCCAUAGACCAUAUCAGUAUUCGUCAGCUGCAGUUGAUGCUGCUGAAAAUGGCUCUGAUCUUGGGCAUCGAGAUCCAUGUCAAUGUAGAGUUUAAAGGCCUCAUCGAGCCACCAGAAGACCAAGAAAAUGAGAGGAUAGGCUGGAGAGCUGAAGUCCAUCCUAAAACACAUCCUGUUAGUGAGCUGGAGUUUGAUGUCAUCAUCGGGGCAGAUGGGAGGAGAAACACAUUAUCAGGGUUCAGAAGGAAAGAGUUCAGGGGCAAGCUGGCCAUCGCCAUCACCGCCAACUUUAUUAACCGCAACACUACAGCCGAGGCCAAAGUGGAGGAGAUCAGCGGGGUGGCCUUCAUCUUCAACCAGAAGUUCUUUCAGGAUCUGAGGGAAGCCACUGGGAUCGAUCUGGAAAACAUCGUCUACUAUAAGGAUGACACGCACUACUUUGUGAUGACUGCCAAGAAGCAGAGUCUGCUGGAGAAGGGCGUCAUUCUGCACGAUUAUGUGGACACAGAGAUGCUUCUAUCCAGGUCAAAUGUGGACCAAGCUGCUUUGCUGUCCUACGCCAGAGAGGCAGCCGACUUCUCCACCAAUCACCAGCUGCCCAAGCUGGACUUUGCAAUCAACCAUUACGGACAGCCCGAUGUGGCAAUGUUCGACUUUACGUGCAUGUAUGCCUCAGAAAAUGCCGCAUUGGUGCGCCAACGCAACAGCCACCAGCUGCUCGUAGCUCUGGUUGGAGACAGCCUUUUGGAGCCGUUCUGGCCAAUGGGGACGGGCAUUGCACGAGGCUUUCUGGCGGCCAUGGACUCUGCAUGGAUGGUGAGAAGUUGGGCACAGGGUGCAUCUCCUCUUGAAGUGUUGGCAGAAAGGGAGAGCAUAUAUCGUCUGCUCCCACAAACCACUCCAGAGAACGUGAGUAAGAACUUCAGCCAGUACACGUUGGACCCCACGACACGUUACCCCAAUAUCAGUCUGCACCUGCUCCGGCCCAAUCAGGUACGGCAUCUCGUAGACACCGGGGAAGCCAGGGAAAUCCGUAUUGACAUGGAGAAUGUGGUCAACUCUUCCACUCCUAAACUCACGAGGAAUGAACUUCUGCUUGAGAAGCAAUUCCAAGAGUCUGUAGCACGCUCCAGCAAGCUGCUAAACUGGUGUCAGAGGCAGACGGAUGGCUAUAGAGGGGUCAGUGUAUCUGAUCUCACCAUGUCAUGGAAGAGUGGCUUGGCUUUGUGUGCUCUUAUCCAUCGCUACAGGCCAGACCUCAUUGAUUUUGACUCUCUGGACGAGAAGGACGUGGAGAAAAAUAACCAGUUGGCUUUUGACAUAGCUGAAAAGGAGUUUGGGAUUUCACCUAUCAUGACCGGGAAGGAGAUGUCUGUUGUAGUGGAGCCUGACAAGCUCUCCAUGGUCAUGUAUCUCAGCCAAUUCUACGAGAUGUUCAAGGACACCGUGCCACCUUGUGAAAAUCACAACCUGAGUCCAGAGGAAAAGGCUGCACUGAUUGCCAGCACCAAAUCUCCCAUUUCCUUCCUCAGCAAACUGGGUCAGAGCAUCAACAUCUCGAGGAAACGCAACCCGAAGCAGGAUAAGAAGGAGAAGGAGCUUGACGGAUUGGGGAAGAGGAGGAAGACGAGUCAGGCCGGCCAGUCUGAGGAUGAGGAGCCUCCACGGCCGGUGCGCGAUGAGAGAGCUUGUGUAGCCACGGAGCGUAGGGUGGACACCACGGCAGCAGCUAACAACAACAAGGUGAAGUCCAUGGCCACUCAGCUGCUAGCCAAGUUUGAGGAGAAUGCUCCGGCACAGUCUACUGGACUCAAAAGACAGAUUGACUCUAUGCCUGAUCUGGGGCAAAAGCUGUCCCCCUUGCAGCCAUACAUCACUCUGAAAGAGCCGGUGCAUCUGGCACCCCUUCCUGCAUGGAGAAAGGCUAGCAGGAGCAGCGAUGGCCUGCGGAGCUGCCCUAAGAAAACCAUUCUGCUCUAUCCUCCUCCUCCUUCAUCAUCUUCCUCUCCAUCGCUCUCUUCACACACACAGAAAAAAGUUCACAAACUGGUGAUAGAUGAAAAUGACAGUGAUGACGAUGACGCCCCGGAUGAUCUGACAUUCACUCACAGGGAAAGUGAGUUCAGGUCUGUGGAGCCCUUCCGUUUCGCUAACAUUCAGGAAAGAGCUGAUAUGUUAGCCGCAAAGUUUACAGGGCAGUCCAACAAGACUGACAAACCCCAGCCGAUGAAAAAGCCGUCACGUUUCUUUCUUCACCAGUGGCUGUUGAGUCACGGGUUACACCAGCCAUCCUGCUCCCCUGAUCCUCAGCAGGAGGACACACAGAGUUUGCGAUUGCACUCUGAUGAUCAGGUGCCUAUACACAUCCCUAGCAUCCAGGAGCGAGCCGAGAGGUUAGCCUCUCUGUUUAAAGACAAACCUGCUAAACCCAAGCCUAAGAAAAAGCCCUCGCGCUUUCUUAUAGAGCAGUGGCACAGACAGCGAGAGGCAUCCCCUGAUCCUCAGCUCACCUCACUCUCCAUGAACCGACAGCAUUAUAUAAAGAUGUAUACAGGUGGUGUGAGCUUGUUGGCUGAGCAAUUAGUCAAUCAGCUUCAGCCUCAGGAGGACCGCUGGAGCCGUCUUGAUAAGAGGGAACUGGGUUCCUUGCGGAAAGAGUUUCCUCAGAACAUCGGAGGCAGCGAUGUGUGUUUCUUCUGCCGGAGGCGUGUGUAUGUGAUGGAGCGACUGAGUGCAGAGGGCAAGUUCUUUCACCGGACCUGCUUUAAGUGCGACUAUUGCGGCACCACGCUGAGACUGUCGUCCUAUGCGUUUGAUGUGGAGGAUGGCAAGUUUUACUGUAAGCCGCAUUAUUGUUACCGGUUGUCUGGGCAGGCUCAGAGGAAGAGGCCUGCUCCUCCUGCUGCUCCUCUUCAGCCAAAGGAAUCCCAGGUACCAGUGAUACCUGCAGCCAGCGUGGAUGCCCCUGGGGUUCCAUGUCCGGUGGAGCGUGGGCCCUCAGCUCCAGAGGUGAACGGUGUGGCUGAGCCCAGUGUGGCAAAACGUCUUAAAGGAACUCCUGAGCGCAUCGAGCUGGAGAACUACCGGCUGUCCAUGCAGAGAGAAGAGGAGCUAGAGGAGGUGCCAGAGGAGACACUGGCUGAGCACAACCUCAGCAGCGUGCUGGAUAAAGGCACGGACGUGGACGAGGGCUCCAGUAGCUCAGAGUCAGACAUGGAGGAAGAGGGUGAGGAGCCGGAGCCUCCGGCGACCUCAGACCUCGGAGGAGUGCCGUGGAAGGAGGCUGUGGAGCUGCAUGCGAAACUGAAGGCUGGCAGCGAUGCUGGGGCAAGCAGGAAGGAGGGAGAAAUGGAUGAAGAGGAUGAAGAGGAGGAUGGAGAUGAGGAAGAGGAUGAGGAGGAGGAGGAGGAGGAGGAAGAAGAGGAGGAGGAGGAAGAAGAGGAGGAAGAAUCAAGUGAUGAGGGGGAGUAUUACCCUUGGGAAAGGGAGCUCCAGUCAGGUCUGUGGCUGGAGAACCUGAAAGAUGAAGAGGAUACGGGUACAUUUAAAGCCAGGAACCUGCGAAUUCAACAAAUCCUGCAGCCGGUGGACCCUGUGCUGUCCGGGAUGGAGGGAGAAAAGGAGGAGCGCUCGGAUUCGGGCUCUCUUCCUUCACUCCUCACGCAGAACAACCAGCCUGUCUCCUGCACAGUCCCCUCCCACAAAUCAGUGCGGCACGAGGCUGUCAGGGCCUGGCUGGACUCCAUGUCUGGAGAGCCCUGUGUCGAAGAUGAGGAAGAUCCUGAGGCUGAAGCAGGAAGCCCAGACAUUGAGCCUGGUACUGAGCUGGAUGAAGAGGACAUCCCUUCAGAUGCAGAAGCUGAAGCUCGUUUACACCAUGUUGAAGUUCCUGAGCCUCUUCCUGUAGACACUGGGAAGCCAGAGAGCCUGGAGCAAGUUUCCAGAAUUGAGCAUAAAGAACGGGUGGCUGUUAGUCCAAAGGAAAUCAUUGUAGAUGUUAUUCUCACUCCAAUCCCAAAGCCAAGUACACCUACUGAAGAGAUCAAAGAAAAGUUGACUCCAGUGCUGAUUAAAUCUCCAGGAACACGCUUUUUUCCUGAGCCCUUUUUGCCUGAUCAAGGUAAAACAAUGGUCCCACCAUCACCAGAGGUUAAGACGCCAAAUACUCCUGUUGCAGUGAUAUCUCCUAUCCGCUUCCAACCAUCACCCAUACCAGAUACGGUUACCCCCAAAUCACCUGUCCAGGUUGAGUCUUGUGCCUGCUCACCUUCAGCCAACCCAUUAUCCCCAAUCUGUGCUCAGCCCCUACCAUGCCAGGAACCCUCUUCACCCCUCUCCUCAGGCUCUCCGGUAAGGACUCAACCAGUCCCUGCGGUAACUUCCACUCCUCUGACAAAACCUCUCUCAGAGCUGACAACCACAGAAUCUCUGAAUGCAAAGGAUUCGACAGUGGAGACACCAGUCAAGAAGACUGACAUCAUUGAAGAGUUCUGGCUAAAGAGUGCUGAGAUAAGAAGGAGCUUAGGACUCACCCCACUGGAAAGGAGCAAAGUUUUUGAGAAGAGCCUUAUUAAAACCCCUACCGCGGAACCUGCAUUGUCUAAGCCCCAGAUCUCGGAGAUGAUAUCGGAAAAGCCAGCGUUCACAGGCCGCACGGUCAUCCACAGACUCAAUAUUACUGUUGAGGGUCAGGUUAUAUCUCCUGUAGAACCUAAGAGUAGCAGCUCAGAGAGAAAGGACCUGAGCAGUAGCUCGGGUCUGGGCUUGAACGAUAGCAAUACGACUAGUCAGACGCCUACCUGUGACAGCAUUAACAACUCUGAUUCAACAAUGCUCACGCCUCCCUCCAGUCCUCCACCACCUCCACCAAAUGAGGAGCCUGCAACUCUCACAAAAAAGAAGCCCCAUGUGUCUUGGGAGAAGCUGACUUCACCCAGCGAGAAACCUGAAGUGGAGAAGGCACCUGCCAAAGCUAAAACUCCUACCAGUCCAAAGCAGGACAAAUUAGUGACUGCUCCAUUAGCUGCUCCCAGAACCAACCCCCCAGUUGUGAUGAGGAAAAAGGAGCCCAAUAAACCACGGCGAGAAGAAGUGAGGAAGUCCUUUGCGGAGUGCGUAGAGGAGAUUCCAUUUGCUGAUGAUGUGGAGGACACGUACGAUGAUCGGACCCCUGACACAAGCAUGCAGGAUAGGUUUUACACCCCACCCACCAGCAGAGUGAACAGGGACAAGCCUCCCCUCCACCUUGCUUUGGCUGUGGAGAACGGAAAACCCAACAUCCAUGGAGGUCUUGUGUCCCGAUCGGUAAAUGUUUCCCAGCACUUUUCUCCUGAAGCCAAGGAGAUCGCAGAAGAGCGCAUGAGAGAGAGGGAGAAAUCUGUGAAAAGUCAAGCUCUUAAAGAUGCCAUGGCCAAGCAAAUUAAUAAAAUGAAAGAGGCUGAGUCAAGUAAAGGUGCUGUGGCCAAAGUGUCCUGGAACGUUUCAGAUGUAGCUGUUAAAAACAAGAAGCGCUCAAGUUCUCCAAAGUCUUCAGCUGUGAAGGCCUUGGAGAGCAAAAAACAAGCAGAGGUGCCUCCUGACCGCUUCUUUGCCUCACCUUUAAGUAAGAGCAUGGACAGUUCAGUCACUUCAUCUGAGAGUUCCACGGGAGGCAAGAGUAAAAAACGUAGCUCCCUUUUCUCACCACGUAAGAACAAGAAAGAGAAGAAGGCAAAAAAUGAAAGCAGACACUCUGGUACUGAAGAGACCCCACCCAAACACAAGUCCUUGUGGAAAGCUGUAUUUUCCGGCUACAAGAAGGACAAGAAGAAGAAAGAUGACAAGUCUUGUGCGAGCACACCCUCUAGCUCCACAACAGUGGACUCAGGAAAGAAGAAAGGAUCGCCUGUGGGAAGGUCCUCAGAUUUGCAGUUGAGGAAAAACCUCAGCUUUUCCGAGGAAUCAGAUUUGUCCUGUGAUGAUGUUCUGGAAAGAUCUUCUCAAAAGUCCAAGACGGAUUCUGUUUAUGUUCCUCAUGCAUUGGCGUUCAAGAGAUCAUAUGCCACGAAGAAGACGUACACUGAGGAAGAACUUAAUGCCAAGCUCACACGCAAGGUCCAGAAGGCAGCUCGGCGUCAGGCAAAGCAGGAGGAGCUGAAGAGGCUUCACAGAGCUCAGAUGAUUCAGAGACAGCUAGAGCAGGUGGAGGAGAAACAGAGACAGCUGGAGGAGAGGGGAGUGGCGGUGGAGAAGGCUCUGCGAGGGGAAGCAGGGUUACAUAAAGGUUCUAGUGUUAGCCCUAAACAGCGCAAGAGGCGCUCAGACUAUUGGGGAGAGUCUAAUUACAGUGAGAUCCUGGACUUGCAUCUGGGCGUUGAGCCCUAUGUCGGGACCCCUCGCUGGAGACCCCUGUCCUUCUGCCCAUGCUGUUCCCCAGAAGGAAUGGGCAAAAAGGACGACCCGAAGCUAAUGCAGGAAUGGUUUAAACUGGUGCAGGAGAAGAAUGCCUUGGUGCGCUAUGAGUCGGAGCUGAUGAUAUUUGCUCGUGAGUUGGAGUUGGAGGACAGGCAGAGUCGACUGCAGCAGGAGCUCAGAGAGCGUAUGGCAAUCGAAGACCACUUGAAGACUGAGGCAGAGCUGGCCGAAGAGAAGCGAAUCCUGAACGAGAUGUUGGAGGUGGUGGAGCAGAGGGACUCUCUGGUGGCUCUCCUGGAGGAGCAGAGACUCAGAGAGAAGGAAGAGGACAAAGACCUGGAGGCUGUCAUGCUCUCCAAGGGCUUCGGUCUCAACUGGGCUUAGUAAUAGCAGCAAAUCCACUUGACAUGAUCUUCACAACAUCACCAUGAGGAAUGUAAGGACUUGGUUGAGUUUGCCUGCCUCUCUCGAUGACAUUGACACAUCUUUCUGGUGUUUACGAGUCAUCCUGGCUCGGCUCAGGGUCGGUCUCUUCACCUGUCUCUCUUUACGCUUCAGUGGAAGUCCAUUCAAGCCUUUGUGUCUGCACAAGACAUUUUUUUCCGUUUUCUUUGGUUUCAGAAAGGGAAUAAACAGGGACGUCUUAAAGACAUUUGAAAAGGAACACAGUUUUUGUAGAAUGUACUGUUCAGCAGCUGUUACAGAGGAGAACAAGAUCCUUGGACUUUAUAUCCAUACUUUUUUUAUGUUGACUACUGACUGAAAGUAGGAACACACUAUAGAUUAUAUGCCUUUGCUACCCACAAUGCAAUGUGGAGACAUGAUCAAUGGCAUUUUUUUUGCCAUCUAUUUCAAUCAACUCAUCUGACCAGAACUGUUUGUAUUUAUUUUACUCGUUUUUGUUUUACAAAAAAAAAAGCAUGCAAUGAUUUUUUUGCAUACUAAAAAGAAACUUCUCAUGUUCUUGUAUUUUAUUAAGUUAUGAUCAGGAAUUGGUUUGAUUUAUCCUCCCAUUAGCCACCUCAUAUCAGGACUAAAGGAUAUCCAAGAACAAGCAUAUCCUGUAUUGUAUAUAGGACUUGGCCUUUAGCUCAUGUUCAGUGGUGAAGCUUCUCAUCUACAAUGUCUAGUGCUGUCUCCUCGCUCUUAAGUGAUCUUACUCUUAUUCACUUGUAAGUUUACUUACAGCUCUCUGAAAUAAAUCUCCAAUACAGUUUACAGAAAAGGAAUACUGUGCAAAUAUUUUCAGUCAUGGAAAUGCACAUGGGCAAUUGCAAUAUUAAUGUUUUUAGAUAUCUCAGUCUAGACAGUGCAUGAGAACGUAAUAUACAAUCAGAUCAAUGAUAUGUGGUGGAUCAUCUUUGUAUAUUUUUAGAAUCCCUGAAUUUUAUUUGAUAUCGGAUAUCAGUAGGCCUCAGCAUCGCUUUUACAUCCUUUUGUCUCUUGGAUUGAGCAAAUCCGCUUCUUGUCUUCAUACUGGGAUGAAAAUCAGUAUCUGCAUGCACUGUUUGUGUAGCAAAUUGCCUUUCUCACAUAUUGUCCUAUUCACAUCCACGAUGUUUACUCGCCUUUACCAAGGGUUGAUUUUUUUUUUUUUUUUUUUUUUUUAUGUAUUUGUUUUUAUAAAAAAAAAAUCAAUUUUUACUGCAUGUGAGCAUUCACACAUCACUAACACAGAGCAAGAAAUCUUCAUAUAUUGGGCUAAAUCAUUUGUAAUGCCUUCGGACAAGCUGUAUGUGUCUCCGUCACAUACUAUAUAGGUCGCUUGUACUUAUUUCAGCUUGCUCACCAUUACGCUGUAUAGAUUGACACAGACUUUUGUAUGUAUGUACAAGAUUACUGUGAGCAAAAAAGUUACAUGCAACAUAAGGCCUAGUUAUUUAGACUGUGUAAAUUGUUUUACAGAGUUUAUUGGUAUUUAUUAACAGGUGUGAAAAUGUAUUAUAUGUAAAGAAAAUGGAACCUAAUUUUUAAAAGUGUAUGUUGUCAAUUCUUGACAUGUGUAAAUGCUUUCUGGUAGCUAAUCUGCAUAUAAGACUUUGGAUGUACGUUGGAAGGUAAUAAAAAUGCUUUUGUUCCUCA